AUGUUGUUUGCAUACUUGUUGUUGGUGUCGACUCUUUUCUACGAAGUCUUGAUUUCCAAUGCCAAAAAGGACUGUCCAAAGAGAUGUGAAUGUCUCGGCUCGUAUGUCGACUGUAGCAAAACAAUGCUUAACACAUUUCCAGAAGGGUUGCCUCAAUGGAUGGAAACUUUGGAUUUGAGUGUUAAUAAGAUUGAUGGAACUGUGGCAAUCAAUACUAAUAGUUAUGAAUAUCUAACAUCAUUGAAACUUACUAAGAACUCUAUUGCAUCUUUUCCAAUAUUUGUAAACGGAUCGACUGUCAGUAUUUUAAAUUUAGCACAUAAUAAAAUAGAAAAAUUGGAGGGUCUAGAGCAUUUACCUAGCUUAAAAAAUUUGGACAUGAACAAAAAUAAAUUGACAUUUUUGGAUGAUAAGUCCUUUUCACACUCUACACACUUGAAAAUACUGAAUCUGAACAAUAAUUUAAUCACCAACUUGAGUGCAAAUUGCUUGGACACAUUGACACAUUUAGUAGAGUUAAAAAUAUCCCAUAAUAAGCUGAACCAUUUACCUGUUGGAUUAUUCAAAAAACUUACAAAUCUUGAAACACUUGAUUUAGGUAGAAAUCACAUAACUGUCAUUCAUGGUUUAUUAUUUAAGGACUUGGUAAAUUUGAAAACCAUAAUACUUCGACAAAAUCUUAUUGAAGAUUUGCAAGAUGGAUCAUUUUAUGGAUUGGUACAUUUACAAGCAUUACAUUUAGAAGAUAAUAAUGUGAACAAAAUAUCCAAAGGCUGGUUAUACGGAUUGAAUUCACUUAUCUACUUAAAUAUAAGUUAUAACAGAAUAGAUCAAAUAAUAAGUGGAUGGGAAUAUUGUGAAGACCUUGCAGAAUUGGAUUUGUCUUAUAAUAAACUACAGUAUAUUCAAAAGAGUAAUUUAGAAAAUUUAAGGAAGUUACAUAAACUACAUUUAAAUAACAAUAGAUUAUCAUUCAUUGAAGAAGGUUCAUUUAAUAAUACACCAAUGAUCCGAACACUUCACUUGGAUCACAAUUACUUGUCGUGGCUAAUUGAAGAUGCAAAAGAAACUUUUAUUGGUCUAAGAAAUUUGAAAAAAUUAAGUUUAGCUAAUAACAAAAUAUUAUUCAUUAAAAAAGAAGCCUUUACUGGUUUAGACAAUCUAGAGGAAUUAAAUUUACUUCAAAAUAAUGUCCUAGAAAUCCAGGAUGAAGCAUUCAAAUUCAUGCCUAAACUUGUAUAUCUAUAUUUAAAUAGUUCUUCACUAGUAUGUGACUGCUCAAUGGCAUGGCUUAAACAACCAAAUAUAUUUGAGAAGUUACCAUUCGAUUUCAUAAAUGCGUUUUGUGGCUUCCCAGAAAAAAACAAAGGAAAGAAUUUGAUAGACGUACCCUUGACUGACUUCGUAUGUCUCAAGAACAGUCCAAAACCCAUGAUAAUAUUCCAUCCAGAAUCAAAAAUGGUUCUGGAACAUCAAAACAUUACCUUAAAAUGUGGAGUUAAUUCUUCAUCAAAUGAAAAAAUUAACUUUGUUUGGAAAAAAGAUAACCACGAUUUAGAAUUGAUUUCUACAAACCAUUACUCAUCCUUUGAGUUCAAUGGUAUGACUCAAUUUUCCGUUUUGAACUUGUAUAAUAUAUCAAUGUCACAAAGUGGUAAAUAUCAAUGUGUUGCUUCUAAUGAAUAUGGCAUCACUUAUUCUAAUCGUUCAGUUUUAUUAGUUGUUGUUUAUCCAUUUUUUGCUAAAGUCCCUGGAAAUAGUUCAGUAAAGACAGGCCAAACUGCUAAGUUAGAAUGUGCUGCAAAUGGUUAUCCAGUUCCUCAAAUAUCUUGGCAAAAAGAUGGUGGAACUGAUUUUCCAGCUGCACAAGAGCGCCGUAUGAGAGUUAUGGCUAGGGAUGAUGUUUUUUUAAUUGUCGAUGUAAAAUUAGUUGAUAUGGGCAUAUAUAGCUGUACUGCUAAAAAUGUUGCUGGAAUGAUUGCUGCAAAUGCAACACUUAAUGUUUUAGAACCCCCUUGGUUUAAAACUGAAAUGUCCAACAAACAAGUUAGGGUUGGCGAAGAAGUCGUUUUAGAAUGUUUAAGUUAUGGAUCUCCAAAACCAAAAAUAAGAUGGAUUAAAGAUGGCAUUUCUCUUUCCCUGAGCAAUAGACAUUUUUUUACUGCUGAAAAUCAACUUUUAGUUAUAAUGGAAGCAAAUACAGAUGAUUCGGGCACUUAUGAAUGUGAAAUAACUAAUUCUUUAGGAGUGAAUAGUCAAAAAGUAGAUGUUCUAGUUAUGCCAUUGUAUCGGAGUUUAAUACACGAAUAUACUCUUGGAUUUAUCGUCAUUGCAAUAAUUGUAUGCAUAAUAAUUAUAUCAGCAAUUUGGGUAUUAUUCGUUUAUAAAGCAAGACGCCCUUCGUCAAAUUUGAUCAAUAGUGCCGAUAAUAAAUCAUUGGAUUCUUCGAACAGCAAAGACAGCGGUACUGGUGAAUCCACUAUAAGAAGUCAAGAACAAUUAUUCAAUGAUUGUUUGAAUGUUCCUCAAAAAUUGAAUAAUAACGUAGGCAAUUUAUCACCUGAAAUAAAUUUGCCCUUACUUACACACGCUUCUGUUGUUCUGGGCGAAAAUUCUGUCACGUACAGACAUUCAAAAACAGUUACCCUGCCUGCCCAAUUACCAAUUAAAGAACCAAAAGCAACUAUUGAAGACCCAAUGAAAUGCGUUGAAACCUCUGAAAGACCGUGUUCUAUAUCCGUUCCACCGCUAAACAAAGCUCAGGAUUCACCACCAAUUGUUCAACAAUCAAGUUCUCAUGUUAUCUUAUACAAGCCAACUGAUGACCCUUGUUAG